AUGGUAAUAACCUUUGACAUCGACGUUUUCCUUGAUGUACUGAUAUCAGUGAUACUGGGUUUGUUGAUUUUGACGACUAUAGUAGGGAACCUCUUCGUAAUUGCUGCAAUUGUGAUCGAGAAGAAUCUGCAUUCUGUGGGAAACUAUCUUGUGUUAUCACUAGCUGUAGCAGACCUGAUGGUGGCCUGUUUGGUAAUGCCCUUGAGCGCUGUGUACGAAGUUACUCAAGAGUGGAAACUUGGAUCGGAGAUAUGCGAGAUAUGGACAUCCUGCGACGUACUGUGCUGCACCGCAUCCAUCUUACACUUACUUGCUAUAGCUGUAGACAGAUAUUGGGCAAUAACACAAGUAAACUAUGCUCACCAAAGAAGUGCUAGUAGGAUCAGUGUAAUGAUAUUUCUGGUAUGGUGUGUGGCUCUAUUCGUAUCUGUCGCUCCUGUUUUUGGUUGGAAGGAUGCCAAAUUUAAAGAAAGGAUCGAAAUAGAAAAACGUUGUCUCCUUAGUCAAGACCUAGCUUACCAAAUCUUUGCCACAUGUUCUAGUUUCUAUGUUCCUUUAGUGGCUAUUUUAAUUCUGUAUUGGAAAAUUUUCAAAGUUGCCAAGAGGAGGAUUCGUCACAAACCAGGAUCCAAAGCAAUUCUUGUUGUCCAGAAACAGUCUUUAAGUAUUCAGACCCACGAGAUUGUUCACAAUGACACCACUGAGAACAAUACUGCAGCAGUUCCUGGUGGAAUUAAGCGAUUAGUGGCCAUAGCAAAAAAAAAUCACAAACAAAGACGUGAGAGUAUUCAAUCUCGAAGGGAACAAAAAGCUGCUAAAACGCUGGUUAUUAUUACCGGACUUUUUGUUUUCUGUUGGCUACCAUUUUUUGUUAUGGCUUUGGUGAUGCCCAUGUGCACCUCUUGUGAACCUAGCGACACGCUUUUUAGCGUCUUAUUGUGGCUAGGAUACGUUAAUUCCAUGGUAAAUCCGAUUGUUUAUACCAUAUUUAGUCCUGAUUUUAGAAGUGUUUUCAAGCGCAUGUUAUGUAGGAAAGAAACAUCUAUUACUUCGCUAUCGUAG